AUAGUAAGACAGAAAUGUCUCAAGCUAAUGGCCGCGAAGGAGAUGAAUGCAUCGCAGUUUUUCAAGCAUUUCUUGAAGAGCACCACAGGGAAGACAUCACGAGCGUUCUUGUCGCUGACGAUCCUACUGGCCAGUAUUGUGUCGUGGUGAACGCAUUAGAACUGUUUGAUUCCAACAUCGAGGUCAGCCAAAAACUGCUAGCAGCUCCGAACAAGAUGUUGCCUUUGUUUGACGGCGCUCUAGCCCAGGCGGCUGUGUCCAUUAUGCAGGAAAAUGCAACGCAGAUGUCCAUGUCGUUCAAGUCGCAUUUACACGUGAGGUUGUCUAACCUUCCGAUCUGUCCUGAACUUCGCAGAGAUAAGAUUCCCAAGACGUCAGACAUCGGCAGAUUUCUUGCUCUUUCAGGUGGGGUAACCGGUUGGUCAGGAGCGGUUGGGUUCCAUGGGUUAUUUUAUCCCCCGGCCUCCCCCUCCCCUCUUUCUCACCUGACCUACGGCUACAUGUACCAUCCUGUUAACACAGUCUUGCAUCCAUUGAUAAUUCUGCAGAGUCGCUGUGACCUUGAAGUUGUUCUCAAGGCAAAUCACUUGUCUGUCAACAAUGAGCAAAGAGCUGGCGUUCUUGUCACUGAAGAACUGAAGCGAGAGUUUGCCGAGUUUUGGGGGAGAUAUAAAGAUGCCCCCCUCCAAGGUAGAAACCACAUUCUCUCCAGCUUUUGUCCGCAGGUUUAUGGCUUGUAUGCUGUUAAACUUGCGGUUGCCUUGGUUCUCAUCGGUGGUGUGCAGAGAGUGGAUGCUUCUGGGACCCGGGUGAGGGGAGAGUCGCAUUUGCUGUUGGUUGGAGACCCAGGUACAGGAAAAUCUCAGUUCCUAAAGUAUGCGGCCAAAAUCAUACCUCGUUCAGUCUUGACUACUGGAAUCGGUUCAACUAGUGCUGGGCUGACUGUGGCCGCUGUGAGAGACUCAGGAGAGUGGCAGCUUGAAGCUGGGGCCUUGGUUUUAGCAGAUGGUGGCCUGUGCUGUAUUGACGAGUUUAACAGUAUCCAAGAACAUGACAGAACAUGUAUUCAUGAAGCUAUGGAGCAACAGACGAUCAGUGUAGCUAAAGCAGGAAUGGUUUGCAAACUCAGCACAAGAACAACAAUUUUGGCAGCCACGAAUCCCAAAGGGCCGUACGACCCUUCUGAAUGUCUUAGUGUAAACAUUGCCGUGGCGAGUCCGUUGUUAAGCAGAUUUGAUCUCCUUCUGGUCUUACAUGAUGCCAGAAAUGAAGAGUGGGAUAGGAUCGUAUCAUCGUUCAUUUUGGAAGGAAAGGGCCUGCGCACAGCAGCCUCCUCGUCAGAGCCGCUUUGGAGCAUGGAAAGAAUGCAGGCGUACUUCUGUUACGUCAAAACUCUUAAGCCUCAACUUACAGCAGAGAGUACAAGAAUUCUGAGCCGGUACUAUCAUUGUCAGCGGCAAGCCGACCUGCGCAAUGCAGCACGGACCACCAUCAGAUUAUUGGAAAGCCUAAUAAGGUUAGCGCAGGCGCAUGCGCGCUUGAUGUUUCGCGAAUUCGUCACCGUUCAGGACGCCAUUGUGGCUGUGACAUGCGUAGAGUGCUCGAUGCAGAACAGCGCCUUAUUAGGAAGUAUGAACGCGCUGCAUACGAGAUUCCCGGAUGAGCCUCAAGAGGAGUACUCGCGCCAGGCCAAGCUCGUUCUAAAGCGGCUGAACCUUGAAGACAUGGUUGGAGCUAUUGACGUAAUGCAGUCCAUGGAAAAUGGAGGCAAAGCUGAUAAUGAUGCCGAGAACAACUUACAAUCAAGGAGUGUUAACCUGACAAAGGACAAAGACAAAGAGCCAAGCUCUUCAACUGAUGAAAAAAACGAUAGAGUUGCUAACGACAACGACAUUUCUAAUGAUUUUUCUGGCUUCGCCUCUCCCGAGCAGUUAACAGGGGUGUUUCCA